UGUCUGCGCCACGCCCCUUGUUUCAGUGGUUUAGAGGGUUCGCGGGUAUGGAGAGAUAUGAGAGCGUGAGGGAGAGAGAGCGUUGGAUUUUGGUGAAGGAAGAUGCUUGGCGCUUUCCUCCAGCCUGCAUAUCACUAAGGGACGAAACCAUCUGGAAAUAAUUGCUUAAGAGAGAAAACAGCUGCAGCUCACACGCGCUCAAUCACAGGGCAACAAAGGGACACAUGCUUUCACUGCAUGGACAGGCCAUUAUACUAGACUGAUCUGCAUGCAAUUGCUAAAUAUUGACGUUUGACUGCAUCCAAUUUCGAUCAAAGUCAUGGAGCUGGAGCACUUUGAUGAGCGGGACAAAGCCCAGAGAUACACCCGCAGAGGCUCUAGGACCAAUGGGCUGCCGAGCCCCACUCACAGUGCUCACUGCAGUCUAUACAGGACCCGGACACUGCAAUCCCUGGCCUCGGAGAAGAAGGCCAAGAAGGUCCGCUUUUAUCGCAAUGGAGACCGCUACUUCAAAGGAAUUGUUUAUGCUAUAUCCCAGGACAGGUUCCGCUCCUUAGAAGCCCUGUUGGCCGAUCUGACCCGCUCCCUGUCAGAUAAUGUAAACCUGCCCCAGGGGGUCCGGACCAUCUACUCUAUUGAUGGAACCAAGAGAAUAUCUGGCAUGGAGGAGCUAGAGGAAGGAGAGAGCUAUGUGUGUGGCUCCAUAGAGCCGUAUAAGAAGCUGGACUAUACCAGGAACGUCAACCCAAACUGGUCAGUUGGAGUGAGGACAGUGGUGGCUGCUGCGGUGCGUGGCCCUUCCUCCCUGGGCAGUACCAAGGCUGGGGCCCUGGAGACCAGAGAGAGUAAAGACUUCAUCCGGCCUAAACUUGUCACCAUCAUCCGCAGCGGGGUGAAGCCUCGUAAGGCCGUUCGCAUGCUCCUGAACAAGAAGACUGCCCACUCUUUUGAACAGGUCCUCUCUGACAUAACCGACGCUAUCAAGCUGGACUCUGGGGUUGUCAAAAGAUUGUACACUGUGGAUGGAAAGCAGGUGAUAUGCCUUCAGGACUUCUUUGCUGACGAUGACAUCUUUAUAGCCUGUGGUCCGGAGAAGUUCCGCUACCAAGAUGACUUCCAGUUAGAUGAGAGUGAGUGUCGGGUAGUCAAGUCAACGUCCUAUGGUCGGAUUUCCUCUCUGCAGGGGCGCUGCUCGCCCAGAGGCGGAGGCUCCCGCCGUAGCUCUGGAUCAGCCAAUGGGACUGCAGGCAGCCAGCUGUCAACUCCUCGCUCAGGAAAGUCCCCAUGCCCCUCUCCGACGAGUCCUGCCAGCCUCAGACGACGCCGAGGCUCCCAACACAGUGGCUCCUCCUUAUCUCUAGCCUCCACCAAGGUGUGUAGCUCCAUGGAUGAGGGCGACGGAGCAGGUAGUGAAGGGGAGCCGAACCUGCUGAGUGAUGAAUGUCCGUUUGUCCCUCCAUCUAUCGCUGAGAGGUACAAGGUGGGGAGGGCUUUAGGCGAUGGUACAUUUGCCGUGGUCAGGGAGUGUGUGGAGAGAUGUACCGGCAGAGAAUACGCCCUGAAGAUCAUCAACAAAAGCAAAUGUAGGGGAAAGGAGCACAUGAUCCAAAACGAGGUGUCGAUCCUGCGUCGUGUCAAACACCCCAACAUUGUCCUACUGAUAGAGGAAAUGGACACAUAUAGUGAGCUCUACCUGGUCAUGGAGCUAGUCAAGGGGGGUGAUCUAUUUGAUGCCAUCACUUCCUCUAAUAAAUACACAGAGAGGGACGCCAGCGGCAUGCUUUAUAACCUAGCCAGUGCCAUCAAGUACCUGCACAACCUCAACAUCGUUCACAGAGACAUCAAACCUGAGAACCUGCUGGUGUAUGAGCAUCAGGACGGUAGGAAGUCUCUGAAGUUGGGAGACUUUGGCUUGGCUAGCCUGGUUGAUGGGCUGCUCUACCUAGUCUGUGGCACCCCCACGUAUGUGGCUCCGGAGAUCAUUGCUGAGACCGGGUACGGGCUGAAGGUUGAUAUCUGGGCAGCUGGGGUGAUCACAUACAUCCUGCUGUGCGGCUUCCCUCCCUUCAGGUGCAGUGAGGACCAGGACAUUCUGUUGGACCAGAUUCUGUUGGGACAACUAGACUUCCCUUCACCGUCCUGGGACAAUGUGUCUGUCGCCGCUAAGGAGCUGAUCACAGGGAUGCUGCAGGUGGAUGUGGAACAGAGAUAUACAGCUGUGCAGGUUCUGGAUCACCCGUGGGUCAGCGAUGAUGCACAUUUAGGGAAUGACCAGCAGCUGUCGGUGGCUGGGAAGAUUAAGAAACACUUCAACACUGCUCCUAAAGGCUGCAGCACCCCUGCCGGAGUGUCUGUUAUUACAAUCACCCCUCUUGAUAAGGAGCGGCAGGUCUUCAGACGAAGACACCCUCAGGAUGUAGGUUUGAUGCCCCGCCCCCAGCAUCGCCCCCAACCAUCCAGCUUCCCCAGCAGCGGCGGCAAAAGCUCUGCCCAUACCUCCAACAGCCCCGCCCUUUCCCCUGCUGACAUCAACUCAGAGUCAGAAGACUACUCUCCUAGCCCCUCCCCUACCUCCCCCAGCUCGGCAGACACCGUCCGCUCCCCCACUUCCCCCUUCUAGACCCUGGAGGAAGACAGAGGGGAGAUGAGGAUGGACAGUAAAACCGGAGGAAGAAGAAUAGACAACCAUGUCCCUGUUCGCAACAACAAGAUGUGUCAAGAUGCCUGCCAAUUUCGAAACAUUGAUUUGUCAUUCUACGUAGAGUCAGUUCACAUCCAUACAUACUGGGGUCAGAGCCACUACUGAAACCACAGUGGAUCGGUAAUGGUUAGAGGUUAGAUAAGGCUGGGUUGAGGGUUGAAUGUGUAUUCUGGAUGGGUUCUGAUCUGGCCCAGUCACACUCGUUGGGAGUUUACUAAAGCAGAUAAUUGUAUCUUUUUAAGAUAACACACAGAUAUAGUAUAUUUUAGCCUCAUUUCAGCAAACAUUGAAUACUGGUCCACUGAGUCCCCCUGGUGUUGGGGAAUGUGUCCUGCAGGACUGCCAACUCAGUAAAAGGACAGCGGACAAUGCAAGGACUACAGAUCAAAAUCUUCCAUUUAACUUGUACCUCAUACACCCUUAAUAGGCUCUCAUCAGUUCUUGUCAUACUUUGUCAGUAUGGGAAGUGUCUGGUGAGCAAAUUUUUAAAUAUAUGCAUUAAGUCAGUUAUCUAUUUCAGUCAAGGUGGAUUGCAUUCAAAUCAACCUGUACAGUUAAUUCUGUAGAAAAACACUUCCGAGUGAAUGAUGUCAGAUUCAGAACAUUCAAUAAGACAGGUGUGACACCUGUAAUGUCAUAAUAUAUUGUACGUAUGUAUGUUUAGGAUGGAUAUGUGGCUGUAGUCAUGUCCAGUCUUAUUUAUCUAACUAUUUAGUGUAGAGCUAUUCUUGGUGCUGGUGUAGACAUUAUAUACUACAAACUUUACACAGGACCAGACAUGGAAACUAGAAACUAUACAGGCAUGCUGCUAUAUUAUGGAUUGAUUUGACUGGAUGAUUGAUUGUAUUUUUGUUCAUUACUGCUAUGCCAGUGUGUCUGUUCAUGAAAUAAGGACUAUGAAAAUGAUUAGGUAUAGUGUAGAGUAUCAACGGUCAUAUUUGUGGCUUGUUAUGAUUGUAAAAAAUAUUUUGCCUUGUUUCAGCUGAAUGAUAAUAUGUAUCUUGACAGUGAAAUUCAUACUGGGUUAAAGUACAAUGACUUACCUGAGCACAAUUGAUGAAGUGCAAUUUGGUUCUGGGUCUCUUACUGACAUUACACAGCACAGACACACAGAACUCCAAAGGAGGUCUCGAUUUUAAAAUUAUUGUUGUUAACCGUAAAUAAGAUUGUGAAUGUAUGUCAGAACAGAGGUGCCCGUCCAUGUUUUCAGAUUGCUGUCUUGGGAGAAGCACGGUUAAUUGGCAGCAUUGAUUUAUUGAUAAAGAAAUUUGUAAACUUGGAUCACUAGUCACAGUAAAAAAAAAAGUAAUGCUUGAUAUACUUUCAAAUACUUUUUCUGCAAAAGCCGGGUAAACUGUCACUCCAAAAAACAGAUUUACCCAGUAAUACAGCACUGAUUGGCAGGUUUAGAUAAAGAGAAGCACAGUGAGUUGGCGGACUGGCUCAGGGGGAGAGAGAGAGAAGCACAGUGAGUUGGCGGACUGGCUCAGGGGGAGAGAGAGAGAAGCACAGUGAGUUGGCGGACUGGCUCAGGGGGAGAGAGAGAGAAGCACAGUGAGUUGGCGGACUGGCUCAGGGGGAGAGAGAGAGAAGCACUGUGAGUUGGCGGACUGGCUCAGGGGGAGAGAGAAGCACAGUGAGUUGGCGGACUGGCUCAGGGGGAGAGAGAAGCACAGUGAGUUGGCGGACUGGCUCAGGGGGAGAGAGAAGCACAGUGAGUUGGCGGACUGGCUCAGGGGGAGAGAGAAGCACAGUGAGUUGGCGGACUGGCUCAGGGGGAGAGAGAAGCACAGUGAGUUGGCGGACUGGCUCAGGGGGAGAGAGAGAGAAGCACAGUGAGUUGGCGGACUGGCUCAUGGGGAGAGAGAGAAGCACAGGACAAAGGCAGGUGGCUAAAAGAGAGAGCAGAAAGUAUGGUGAGUUGGCAGGCCGAGAGAGAGAGAAGCGUAGUGAAUAUUGGCUAUAAGGAGAGUAAGUGAAGCAUUGUGAUCACUGGUUAUAGAGUGAGAGAAGUAUUGUGAUCAGCAGUUAUUGAAAGAGAGAAUCAGUGUGAUUACUGAUUAUAUAAUGAGUGAAAGGUUGUGAUCACUGGUUAUAGUGACAGAAGUAUUGUGACCGCUGGUUAUAGAGUGAGAGAAGCAUUGUGACCGCUGGUUAUUGUGACACAAGCAUUGUGACCGCUGGUUAUUGUGACAGAAGCAUUGUGACCGCUGGUUAUUGUGACAGAAGCAUUGUGACCGCUGGUUAUAGUGACAGAAGCAUUGUGACCGCUGGUUAUAGAGUGAGAGAAGCAUUGUGACCGCUGGUUAUAGAGUGAGAGAAGCAUUGUGACCGCUGGUUAUAGAGUGAGAGAAGCAUUCUGACCGCUGGUUAUAGAGUGACAGAAGCAUUGUGACCGCUGGUUAUAGAGUGAGAGAAGCAUUCUGACCGCUGGUUAUAGAGUGACAGAAGCAUUGUGACCGCUGGUUAUAAAGUGACAGAAGCAUUGUGACCGCUGGUUAUAGUGACAGCAGGUCUAACAGGGCCUGCAGUCCACCAGCCCUCCUCAACAUAUGGCUUCAACAAGGUCCUCUGCUGUUGCAAUAGCCUGUGUGGCACCUUGAGUCAGCAAACGACCGCACUGCUACCCGGGUCCACCGGGCCUUGUAGCUGUGCCUCCAUGUCCCACAUAACAGAGCCUCACUCCUGACCUGGUUGACCACUGCCGACAACGCCUCAUCGUACCCCCCCCCCUUAAACUAGACUCCGGGGUCUGUAUGUCAUGCUUAUCCCUUAUCAAGACAGACUAGUUGUCUUCCACCUUAUGCCUGUCAUGCACACUCCCUUCAUCCUGCUGUGUAACUGGUGCCGAAUGGCUGCAAACAGCCAGGGUCUACAGUUGACAGGAUUAAGGAAAUCCCUGGCAACUGUCCCGACCUUGACCAUACAACGAUCCCCAGCAUGCAACUUUUUAAGGAGAUAACGUUUCCCUACAACAAAACACAGGUGACGAUAUGAACAGAUUGUUAUGUCUGGCCCGUUAAAGGCCGUCUCCUGGUCUACAUGUCACUUCUUGUUGCGUUAUAUGGAAUUAAGCCCUCACACCAGCUGAAAUCCACUGGAGAACAAUGCCCAGAAUUAGGAUGUACAAUAAUUUACCUCAAAGUUCACAUUCAGCAUGUCCCUGAUUAAGAACAGGUUCUCUGUGUUUGAACUUCCAGGGAAACAGUAUGUUCAGUCCUUGGGGACAAUGGUCUAAGGUGGGACUUAAAUCUGUUGGUGAGGACCUUGGCAAAGACCUUCUAGUCCAUGCAGAGCAGUGCCAUAGGCCUCCAUCUGGGACACAGGAGCUGAGGUCAUGAACGGUCAGGGGAAUAUCUCCAUGUAACUUACGAUAUGCUCAAGCUCCCAGGAAAAGGCUGUAAACUGAAAAAUUUUAACCUGGAGAAAGAAAGAAAACACUACAUUUCUGUGGUGAGACAAAGCAAAAGUAAAGAUUGAAAGUAUGUUUUUGUGUAAAGAUGUAUUGACAGCCAAUGAUAUGUUAGAUUCAGUGAUAAUAUGUGUAAGUAAUUUGAAAGGGAUUCAUCUAAUGAUCGUUGAGAAUGUUCAUUGUUUGAAUGGGAUACAUACGAUGAUGAUGGUGAUGGUCAUUGUUUCACUAUAGCAACCAUUCAAAAGUGGUCAUCAGCAAGCCAAACCUGUCAAUAAACCUCUUCCUCAGACUGA